AUGCAACGAAAAGCAAAUUUCGAGGAGAUUCAGGUUGUUGAAGUGACGGAAAACAAUUUCAAAUCCGUUUGGCCUUAUUUGUUAGAGUCAUUGAAGAAUGCAGAUGUCAUAGCUUUAGAUAUGGAGUUGUCUGGGCUUGGUUCCCAAAAGCUUUUAAUGAGUAAGAACAUUGAAGACCGUUAUGAAGUUAUCAGACAAGCAGCACUAAGCAGGAGUGUACUGUCUGUCGGUUUGGCCUUUUUUAAAAUUGAAAAGAAAGAUGAGGAGAAGAGAAGAAUAAAACUUCGUAGUCAGGUUUUCAACAUACUCACACUUUGUUCACAACCAUUUACAAUAGAGCCGGAUGCUCUAGCUUUUCUUUCCAAGCACAAUUUCGAUUUCAACCUGUUAUUUUCGUCCGGGGUGUCUUACAACCCUUCGACAUUAUUUAAAUCCUGCUACUUGCGAGUUCUAUUCAAUGAGAUUUUUUGUUCUUCCCUGCCUAUAUGUCUACACAAUGGUUUAAUAGAUCUCAUCUUCCUUUAUCAACAUUUCUAUUGCGAACUGCCUCCUAAGUUCUCACAAUUUGUCAAUGCCCUGAGUGACCUGUUCCCCAGCGAUUCUCCUAUCGUGGAUUCGAAGUACCUAGCAGAAUACAAAACACGGAUGAAAAGUUCAUUCCUAGAGUAUAUCUUCAGAAAAUGCCAAGGUGAUAAUGUCCGAGAGAGUAUCAGCAACAAAUGGCAUAAUAUUGACUGGUUGUGUUUAGGAUUACCGGAGGGCAUCGAACAGUCGAUAGAGCACUUGAAUUGUUCUCUCCCGUCCAAUUUCCCAUCUCACACUGUUCCAAUAGAUUUGAACGAAGCCAUAUGCCCACAGUUUACGAAUCAUGGUUUCUGUAAGAAGAAUGGGUGUGAUAAGAUGCAUGAUGUAGAUUUCGCAUUGGAUUUGGAGAAUGAGCGUCAAGAAAAAGAGAGAAAGCGAAAGAGGAAGAGAUAUGAUCACCUUGACCCUGCUCCCAAAAAGAGCGAAGAAUCACCUCGAAGUGCAUUGCGACUAAGCAUAGCUGACUUGAAGGAUAAACCUCGGUUGAGAGUAUCAGGAUGUCAUAGAGCAGGAAUUGAUGCUUUCAUGACUGGCUUUUCAGCCAUCUUUCAAUGUAGGAUGGACAUUUGCAGAGAAGGGAAAUUUUCUGAAAACGAUUGCAACAAAAUACCAUUAUCAGGAAAGGAAAUACCCUUAUUGAUACAGAUGUCCACAUUUGGAGGCUCUUGUGAGAAGCACUCGGAUAAAUUCUUUGUCAUUUCGAACCAACGGAAGAAGAAAGAGUGA